AUGGCAGCCCCGAAGAAAGCAGCUGUGGGGCCGUUGGUGGGGGCAGUGGUCCAGGGUACCAACUCAACUCGCUUUUUGGUUUUCAAUUCAAAAACAGCAGAACUACUUAGUCAUCAUCAAGUGGAAUUGACCCAAGAGUUCCCAAAAGAAGGAUGGGUGGAACAAGACCCUAAGGAAAUUCUUCAGUCUGUCUAUGAGUGUAUAGCGAGAACGUGUGAGAAACUUGAUGAAGUGAACAUUGAUGUCUCCAACAUAAAAGCGAUCGGAGUCAGCAAUCAGAGGGAAACCACCGUAAUCUGGGACAAGUUAACUGGAGAGCCUCUCUACAAUGCUGUGGUGUGGCUUGAUCUAAGAACCCAGUCUACUGUUGAGAAUCUUAGUAAAAAAAUUCCAGGAAAUAAUAACUUUGUCAAGUCUAAGACUGGCCUUCCACUUAGCACUUACUUCAGUGCAGUGAAACUUCGCUGGAUGCUCGACAACGUGAGAAAAGUUCAAAAAGCUGUUGAAGAAGGUAGAGCUUUUGGUACCAUUGAUUCAUGGCUUAUUUGGAGUAUGACAGGAGGAGUUAAUGGAGGUGUCCACUGUACAGAUGUAACAAAUGCAAGUAGGACAAUGCUUUUCAACAUCCAUUCUUUAGAAUGGGAUAAAGAGCUCUGUGACUUUUUUGAAAUUCCAAUGAACAUUCUUCCAAAUGUCUGGAGUUCUUCUGAGAUCUAUGGCCUAAUGAAAACUGGAGCUUUGGAAGGUGUGCCAAUAUCUGGGUGUUUGGGGGACCAGUCUGCUGCAUUGGUAGGACAAAUGUGCUUCCAGGAAGGACAAGCCAAAAACACAUAUGGAACAGGCUGUUUCUUAUUAUGUAAUACUGGUCGUAAGUGUGUAUUUUCUGAACAUGGCCUUCUGACCACAGUGGCUUACAAACUAGGCAGAGACAAGCCAGUAUGUUAUGCAUUGGAAGGUUCUGUUGCUAUAGCUGGUGCUGUUAUUCGUUGGCUAAGAGACAAUCUUGGAAUUAUAGAAACCUCAGAAGAAGUUGAAAAACUUGCUAAAGAAGCAGGUACUUCUUACGGCUGCUACUUUGUCCCAGCCUUUUCAGGGUUAUAUGCACCUUAUUGGGAGCCCAGUGCAAGAGGGAUAAUAUGUGGUCUCACUCAGUUUACCAACAAAUAUCAUAUUGCUUUUGCAGCAUUAGAAGCUGUUUGUUUCCAAACUCGAGAGAUUUUGGAAGCCAUGAAUCAUGAUUGUGGAAUUCCACUCACUCAUUUGCAGGUAGAUGGAGGAAUGACCAGCAACAAAAUUCUUAUGCAACUACAAGCAGAUAUUCUGCAUAUUCCAGUAGUAAGGUCUUCCAUGCCUGAAACAACUGCAUUAGGAGCUGCCAUGGCAGCCGGAGCUGCAGAAGGAGUAGGCGUUUGGAGUCUUGAACCUGCAAGUUUGUCAGCAAUCUUGAUGGAACGGUUUGAACCACAGAUCCAGGCUUCAGAAAGUGAAAUUCGUUACUCUACAUGGAAGAAAGCUGUGAUGAAGUCAAUGGGUUGGGUUACAGCUCAGUCUUCUGAAAAUGGUGAUCCUACUAUAUUCUCUAGUCUGCCCUUGGGUUUUUUUAUAGUGAGUAGCAUGAUAAUGUUAAUUGGGGCAAGAUACAUCUCAGGUAUGCCAUAA